GCUUGGGAGUUGGGUCGAUAGGUUUCUCAUUUUUUUUGUGUUGGGUUUAUGUCACUUGUCAGUCAUGGCGCUUAAACUGACCAUCCCGUUUCCAAUCUUCGCUUCUCCUUCAUGCCCGAACCCUAACCCGACAACUCAGUGGCCGCUUACUGAGGUCCGAUUUGCGCGGUGGAAUAACGCUCACGCAGAGAAAUUCAACCAACGCCAACCCGCUCAUCUAGUUAUAGAAGACGAUGUUCGCCGCCACCGCCGCUUCGACUCUGCCACGAAUAUUACCCAAAUUGACGACUAUGACUCUAGCGCUAAAAACGACAUCGUUUACAAGUCUUCCUCGUCUACUUCACAACCUUCAAUUCCCGGUAAACACUCCAAGUUCUCCAAACCCACCAAUUCCGACGACCAUCCAGCAUUUCGCAAAAUCUCGAAAAGACCCAAAAUCACAGAAUUGUCCCGAGAGAAAGCGGCCAAUCGAAAAGCCAACGUAGCUCUGGGCGAAGACGGCGUCUCUUACGUUAUCGAUGGAGCACCAUUCGAGUUCAAAUACAGCUACACGGAGACGCCAAAGGUGAAGCCACUAAAAUUGCGCGAACCGUAUGCGCCGUUUGGGCCCACCACGAUGGCACGGCCGUGGACCGGGCGGGCACCAUUUCCCCCGAGUAAGAAGAAGUUGAAGGAGUUCGACUCGUUUGAAUUGCCGCCGCCUAAUAAGAAGGGAGUGAAACCGGUGCAAAAGCCGGGACCUUUUUUGCCCGGAACCGGACCCAGGUACGUGUCAUCGAGGGAGGAAAUUUUGGGGGAGCCCUUAACCAAGGAGGAAGUUGAGGAGCUAGUUCAGUCUUGCAUAAAGUCAAGGCGGCAGUUGAAUAUUGGUAGAGAUGGCUUGACACAUAACAUGUUGGAUAAUAUUCAUUCUCAUUGGAAACGGAGGAGAGUUUGCAAGAUUAAGUGCAAAGGAGUGUGUACAGUCGAUAUGGAUAAUGUCUGCCAGCAAUUGGAGGAAAGGACCGGAGGGAAGAUAAUUUAUAGACGAGGAGGGGUCUUAUACCUUUUUAGAGGCAGAAACUAUAACAACAGAUUUCGUCCGCACUUUCCUCUUAUGCUGUGGAAGCCUGCCACUCCUGUGUAUCCAAGGUUGAUUCAGAGGGCUCCCGAGGGUCUAACACUGGAAGAAGCGUCAGAAAUGCGCAAAAAAGGGAGGACACUUAUGCCUAUAUGCAAGCUAGGGAAGAAUGGUGUGUACUGUGAUCUGGUGAAAAAUGUUAGAGAGGCUUUUGAAGAGUGUGAAUUGGUCCGUAUUAAUUGUCAAGGAAUGAAUGGGAGUGACUUCCGAAAAAUUGGUGGCAAACUUAAGGAUCUUGUCCCGUGUGUUCUAAUCUCAUUUGAACGUGAGCACAUACUCAUGUGGAGGGGAAGGGACUGGAAGUCCUCGCUUCCCAAACCAGAAAUUAAUUCUGAGGUUAAUAAGACAUUAGAAGUUGUUGAUGCAACUUCUGUUGCAUCAACUUUACAAGGUGAUGAAUUAGCAGCAUCAGAUACUCAUUUGAUCUCAGUCAGGCAUGUCAGUUCUGUAACAUCUGGUACAAUCAUGUCCUUUGUGGGCUCUGAAGAUGUGCAUGCUGAGCCACAUAAGAAUAUGGCUGUGCUAGAUGAUGGCAAAUCAAGCUCAGCUACUGUCUCAAUUUCACAUGUGAUGGCAACUAAUGAAAUUACAACAGAGAAGACUAACACAGGAUUCUCUGAUGGUGAGAUCAAUGCCACAAGAAACGACUUUAGUAGUAUCACCAAAUUGGAUAUUUCUGGUUUUGAUGAUGACAAGUCAGAACCUGUGAGCAACACAUAUAGAUGUGAGGUCGUAUUGAAUAAUAAAAGCUUUGUUGAUGAAGAGCAGGCUACUCAAUCAAUGGGAUCAGAAACAGUGCUUGGAGUUGAUGAAAUCACCGGAAAUCAGUCUGAGUUUUUCUCUGCAGGUCCUUUAAAUCAUAACAAAUUACAGAAUCCUCUAGAAGUCUCUCAAGAUGAUAAUGGGCAAGAAAGGUUCCAUAGCCCUAGUAUGGAAAGCGUUUUACUUCUAAUGAAGCAAGCUGUUGAGAGCGGAGGUGCUAUAGUUUUAGAUGAUGCUGUUUUGGAUGCAGACAAUGUAUAUGAAAAGUCAGUUGCCUUUGCCAAAUCAGCUCCGCCUGGGCCAGUUUUUAAGCAUAGGUCAAGGAAGAAAGCUAGUCAAAUGAGCAAGAACAAACAGAAGAACGAGAAGAAAGAAGUGGGGGAUUUGGAAGUGAGAAGAGAAGUAACAACUGUUGCUGAGAAAAGAGGAAAUGCGACAAGGCAGAUUCGUAAUAGACUAGAGGAUAUAGAUGAGCAAUGUCUACAUGUAGCACCACAGGGAAGCCUGGGAGUAGAUGAGCUUGCUAAACUAUUAGCAUAAUAUGCAUCAGUCCUGUUCAGAGAAUCAGAGAUGUAUCGCAUUAAGAUGAAUUUUUGUUACUUUUAUCUGAUACUGAUUUUUAUA